GUUCACCGGCUUGUUUUUGGUAAAAUGGCAGAGGUCAGCCAGCGGCUCGGGACCGGAGCCUACCGGCUGGUGACCGCCUGUCCUGGCCAAGCUCGCCCGCUGCGGCCCAUAAGACCCAGGGGGCUUUUCCCGGUCAAUGACACCUGCAUCCAGGGACACUUUACCGAAAAAUGCGUCCAGCUAUUAAAAGGAAGAGUCCCUCAGCGGAGUCCUGAGAAACUUAACAGAGUAAGACAAACUGCAACUCAUCUUGACUGCACUUCUUUAAACGCACAUUUAGCUCGUUUAUUCUGGCUUCCGGACACCAGAAAGAGCCCAACAGUCACCAAAACAAGUCUGCUGAUCCCGACUGGGCGCCUUCAGGAAAAGCUGUUCUCCUGCGUGAAGCCCAUCUGGACCAGUGGGGCUGCUUCAAUCCACCCCGACACCUGGUGGUCCCCUCGGCAGCUCAGAACCUUCUGCACUGUCCUCCUCAUCCUCGCAGAUGACGGAUCCUCACUGACACACCUGAAGCUCCACCCAGGUGCCUGUAAAGCCUCCACAGCAGCUAGAAGUUACAGCAGGUGGUCAGAGGAGGCUCCUCUGCUGCACAGGAGUAAAACCGCCUAUUAUGACGUCCUCAAAGUGACCCCAAGUGCUACACAGUCACAGAUCAAGACGGCCUACUACCAGCAGUCCUUCAUCUAUCAUCCUGACAAGAACCCGAGCAGCGAGGAAGCCACACAGCGCUUCGCUGAGAUCAGCGAGGCUUACACCGUGCUGAGCAACAUCAGCCUGAGGAGGAAGUACGACCGAGGCAUCCUGAGCCAGUCUGACCUGCAGAACCCAGAGAAGCCGUCCUCCAAAGACGCAUCGAGCAGAGCCACAAGCUCCCAGCAGCAUUAUCGUCAGCAGAGAGCCAGGCCAUUCUCCCAAACCGGUGGUCGGCCCAUGUUUGACUUUGACGCCUUUUUUCAGGCUCACUACGGAGAGCAGCUUCAGAGGGAGAGGGACCUAAGAGUCAAGAGGAAGCAGAUGGAGGAAGAGCAGAAGAAGAGGCUGAAAGAGUACCGUCAGGAGAAGAUGCGGGAGCUCUUUGCGAUGAUGCUGGCGACCAUGUCAGUGAUGAUCUUGAUCAGUCUGUUCAGGUUUUGACCCAGCAGCAGCAGCAGACAGUGGCUGAUGUUUCUCGGAUGGAGGCGGUGGCUGAUGCUGCACAGUUUGGCAGCAAGAGUUGAAACUCCAAGAGUUUUCAACAUGGAUUUUGAUGUUUCUGAAGGAAACAUUUAUGGCUCUUCAUCUUUCAAAUCGGCAUCGACGCAAAAUGGUUGACUCCUCAAUGAUCCGAGACUGACUGCAUAUGAAUGAGGAGUUGUUUUUAAGCUCAUUUCAGCUUUAAGCUGCUUGCAUUUUGAAAUCAUUUUCUUUUCUAUAGCUAAAAUGUGAAAACACCAGAAAAUCUGACUUCUCAAACGCCAAAACAAACAGACAAACAAACAAACAACAAAAAUAUAACUUUAAUUGUAGAAUUUCAACCAAUACAAGCACAAAAUUAUUGUUUUCCUGUAAACAUGCUUUUCUUAAAGGAGCAUCAAAUCAAAAAAUGCAACAAAAAAAAAAAGUUCUAAAGAACGUGUGCUAAGUCACUUACAAUUUUGCAUAGCUUCAUUCAGCGACUCUAGUAAUAACCCUCACCGUUCUGAUUAUGCUUGUCAUGUUGAGCAGCUUUCUGUGAUUGAACUUCAUAAAUGGUGAUCUUAGAAUAUCAUGGUCAAAGUUUUUUCACCUAAAGCUCUGCCUCAGUAUUGUUUCAGCCAGAAACAAGUACUUUGGAAACAAUACCGUUUACUUUUUACUUGCAUUCUCACUUCUGAAGCCAGGCAGAUUUUGGCACCUUAAAGUGAUUGUUUUCUCUCCAAAUGAGGCCUAAAGAUGAAAAAGACGGUUGCUCUUUUUAAUGAUGCUCAAGUUUUUUCUUCCCUUUACACUGAAUAUGUAAUAGAAAAAUAAAUGCAUAUUAUAUGCACAGAGCAAAUGUAAACAUCUGAUAGUUUCCUUAGGUGUGUAAAUGAAAAUAAAUCUACGUACUGUACAGAAAUGAUGCUUCUGUAUCAUUAUCAAAGUAUUAAAAUCUACAAAUAUUUUAA